AUGAGGUGGAUCCUCUUAAUCUGGGCGACCAAGGCCCUGCUGGCUCUCUGUUCGGGGCUGGAUGAAGAAAAUAGUUUAUCCUCCUCUGGCUACCAUCUAUGUAUCCAGAAUGAAUCCAGGAUUGUGAGUUUCUUGGUGGUUCAAUUGGUCCCUUAUACAGUGACAAAGCCUUGCGGUGGCUGGCUCCUCUGGACGACAUGUACUGUCACCCUUUACAGGAUGAUGCAUCAGAUUGAGUACAAGACAGUAGAGGAACAAGUGACAAGGUGCUGUGAUGGCUAUGAGCAAGUUGGUCGUUACUGUUCCCUGUCUGUAAACAGGAGUGACGAGUUUACCGCCAAGCCAGGAUCCUGUCCAACUGCAGAUAGAUUGUCUCCCAGUUCUGUGGACUGUGAGUUGGAUUUAGACUGUCCAGGCUGGCAGAAAUGCUGCCAGAGAUGGGGACAGUUUCUCUGCACUGAUCCUACAAGACCAAAACAGGAUCUGAGGUUUCAAGGAAACCUCUGGAAUGCAACAGUGACAGUGAAGAUGGAUUACCAGCAACUGUUGUCAAAGGAAAAUGGGCUUCUGAAUCUCACAAGAUUAUUACAAGCAAUGAUAACUGGAGCUCUGGAGUGUGAAGUUUCCAUCUUUUAUCUCAACUCAUGGCCUGUCCAUCCCUACAGAAUUUCCACAAAUCUGCUUAUCCUGAGCAACCUUUCUCUUUCACUGUACAAUGUUGCACCAAAGCUACACCUUCUUCUUAAACAAAUACCUGAAGUGUCAUCUGUAACAGUGCAAGAUGUGGAUGAGUGUGUGCACCCUGCUCUUCAUCAGUGCUCUCUUCAGGCAGACUGUAACAACACAUUGGGCUCUUACCGGUGUGUCUGCCAGCAAGAAUACUUGGAUGGUGACCCUAACAACCCCGGUGUGAACUGUACAGGUGACACCGGGUUCUGGACCACCACCGACGCCCCACUGGUGAACACAACCUUUUCCUGGACUUUUAACAGCACACAGGAUCCUUCAGGCCAUGGCACCAUGGGUAGCUCCAUCUCGUUUGAGAGCAAUGUGACUGCAGCUCUGACUAACACAAAUUCUGUCACUUAUAAUUCACCACAUGCUUCACCGGGGACACGUUCAGCACCGGUUACCAGCAUGAGCUCAGCUGCGGCCUCACCUCUGCCAGCAACCACCAACCAAUGUCUUCCUCCCAGCAUCAGUGGCCUAUGGUCUGCUAAUGUCACUGGAACAUCCAUGUCUGUCCAUUGGUCAACCCAGGUUCAAAGCAUACAGACUUUCCAGGUCACUCUGAGCAAAACAUCAGAAGCCAGUGAGCUCUGGGAAACCAAUAUGACAAUGAUAGAGCUGAGAGGACUACAGCCCGGUGUGCUCUACAAUGUUACUGUGACACCUUGUGCUUGUGGAAGGCAAGGGUCUGCUGUUCACAUGAUGGUCAAAACUGAUGCUCAGAGUCUCGACGCUACCACACGGCUUACCAACAUCGAGUUCAACGAAGACCUGAGAAACAGCAGCAGCCUGGCUUUCAAAAACCUCAACAAGACGUUUAUACAGGAGAUCUACCAGUCUCUGGCUCCAGAGCUCAAAGCGAUGGUGGAGUCAGGUCAGGUGAGAAUCGAGAUCCAAAGCUUUUCCAUGGGCAGUGUGGUGGUGAACUUCUCCAUCAUCUUUAACCAAAGUGAGGGCCAGGCCAUGGGUAACUUGUCCUCAGCGUUGUUGCAUGCCCUGAUGAACAGCUCCAAAUUCAUUGUGGAUGUAAACAAUACAAGCAUUAACGAUUUUGAUGAAUGCACCUUGGGGGAAAAUGAUUGUUCUCAGUGGGCUACAUGCAUAAACACAUGGGCCUCCUACACUUGCAUCUGCCUUGAUGGAUUUAUAGACAACAAUCCAGAAAGAUCUGGACGCAACUGUCAAGCAAAUGAAGUGGAUACAACAUCAACACCAGGGGUUUCUACAAUAAGCUCUACUACAACUGUCCCAACUUUUGCUCAAGCUACCACCACCUCUGAAACUACCAAUCCUGUAUUGGUAACUAGUUCAAAUGCUUCCCACACUAGCACUGCUCUCCCUUCAACUACAGUUACUAAUAUCCCAUCAACUAUCACUGCUCCAACAAGUGCCCCUACAAUUACUGUUACUACCCAAACAAGCAAUAUUGCCCCAACACUGGUCAUUAAUGCUUCAGCAAUCCACUCUCCAGCUCGAACCAACACCCUAGGAAUACACACAACAACCACUUCUAGCCAAGUAAUCUCCUCUUUUGCUCCAACAACAACUACUUUAGACACUGCAGUCGGAAUCACAACUCCAAGCACCAUUUCUACAACCCUAACAACCCCGUCUUCUGCACUAAGAUCAGCCACUAAUUUUUCUUUGGAAGGAGCCCUUUCAGUCCAGUGCAGAGUAGCUGCCAUUACUGUGACUCUUGCUAAAGCUUUUCUGAUGAAUGCAAAAAUCCAGGAGAGUAGUCUAUCCCUGGGAUUGCCUUGGUGUGAAGUCAACGGAGGCAAUGCCACCCAUGUUGAGUUGACUGUGGCAUGGAAUGAGUGUGCUAUUAGGCUUGUGAAUAAUGAAACCACUUACACAGCGUCUGUGACCUUGUUCAACACCAUGGAUCCGUACAGAGCCGAAGGUGGCACAGUAGAGGUUCCAAGAAUCCGUCUCGAAGUCCCUAUCAUGUGUACCUACAUGAAAAGCAUGUUGAUUUCCACAGAUCUUGGCUACAUGGGGUAUGACACGAUCAAAGAUGUGAUCACAGGUCUGGGAUCAUUCCAGGUGACGGUGCAGCUGAUGAAUGGAAUCGAGCCUUUACCUCACAACUACAGCCUGUCCCCGGAGCAGGCUGUGGUGGUGGAGAUCAGCCUGAACACCACCUCAAUGCAAAUGACAGUGGUCUUAGACAAAUGCUGGGCCACUCCCACCCAAAACCCUGAAGACACCUAUAGCUACACCUUCCUGGACAACAGCUGUCCAUUGAACAUUUACACUAAAGUGUUGAUGAAUGGUAACUUCACCACCUCCCGUGUGUCUGUACAGAUAUUCUCCUUUGUUAACCUGAACAUAAUCUACCUGCACUGCCAGGUCCAGAUCUGUGUCCAGAAUGGAUCUAAUACAUGUGUUCCACACUGUUUACAAAAAUCAGCUCGGACUAGAAACAUGAUUGGAAGAGGCUUUGGAUCAUCUGGGCCUAUACUCAGAUUAAAUGAAGAGUCCCUGGAGGAGAAAUUUAACACUCUUUACAUAGUUGGCCUCUCCUGUCUUGGAGUUGGUCUGUUUCUCUUCUUCAUCGUGGGAUUUAUCUGCCUGUUCUACUGCCAAAGAAACCGUAUCGGAAACUACAAUUUCAACGUGCAACCCAAGCAGGAGAACUUCACUUACCUUGUUUUCAACACCUAGGGAGUGCUGCAGAAACAUUCAUUUAGCUAUUACAGAAAACCGCCACUAGGGGUUAGGUUUGGAUUAUUUCUGAAACUGUUUUUGUUCACCUCCACUGUACUAAAUAUGUUCAAGGUAGAAAAAAAUGUCUGUGUUUUAUUUAUUCCGAAACAGAAACAAUGACUACAUUUGAAUAUAUUUAAAUACAUUUUAAGACUUUGUUAAAGUUGACCCAAUUUUGACAGAUAAUUUGCCAUAAGCAGGUUUUAAAACAUACUCAUGAAAAUUUAUUAGGAAGAUUAAAAAAUUAUCAGCAUAGAAAAUGUAGUGCUACAUGCUUGUUAAUUACAUAAGCCAGCUUCUGAAUAAAUUCUAUUUCAGAUAUUUGCAUAUACUGUCAUAUUCAUAUUCAACUAUACUAUUAAUCUAAAAGGAAACUUGCAAAAUAUUAAUAAUAAUCUGUGCU